UCGACGAGCUGAUGAAGAACAUGUUUGAUGCUUUGAUUUUGUCCUGUUUGUGCAUGUUCAGUCUGGCCGGUGUGUUCGGCGCUGGUGAAGUGAAGUCAGUGUCAGUGACGGAGGGACAUUCUGUCACUAUACACACCAAUGUUACUGAACUAAAGAAAGAUGAUGUGAUGCUGUGGAAGUUUGGACCUAAAGACGUUCUUAUAGCUCAGAUCAGUUCAAAGGAGAGUGAGAUAUAUAAUGAUUCUGAUGGGAGAAGUAGAGACAGACUGAAGCUGGACACUCAGACUGGAUCUCUCGCCAUCACAAACAUCACAAGCACCGACUCUGGACUUUAUAAACUGAUCACCACUAGAACAGACACCCCGCUUAAGAACUUCAACAUUAUCGUGUACGCUCGUCUUCCCGUUCCCGUCAUUACCAGUGUCUCUCAACAAAACGUUUCAUCACCAAAAGGAUCUUUAAGCUCUAAAUGUGUGUUGUUGUGUUCAGUGAUGAAUGUGACACAUGCGAGUCUCUCCUGGUACAAAGGAAAGCGUUCACUGUCCUCCAUCGGUGUCUCCGAAUUCAACAUCUCCCUCUCUCUACCUCUGGAGCUGGAGUGUUUAGAUGAUUCAUACAGCUGUGUGGUGAACAAUCCCAUCGCCAACCAGACUCAACACCUCAACGUUACUGAUCUCUGUCAGCCGUGUUCAGAACACUGUUGUGGUACUACUGAAGCUGCGAUCCGAUUGGUCAUCUCGGCACUGGUGAGCUUGGCUAUCGUGGCUGUACUGGUUUACGACAUCAGUUCCUGAACUGUUUAACAGAGGAGAGCACGAACGUCAAUAUUAAACAGAGGAUGAAUCGAAUAUUCCAACAUCGGGACACUUUGGAGCUAUGUUCUUUAUUAAGAACUUAUUAUAAUAUAAAAUGACGUAAAAACCCUAACAGAAAAGACACAUGAAAUUCAAAUGUACAAAACACACAUGUGAUCACAUGUUCUUCACAUGUUCUUCACAUGCUGCACAUGUCAUCCAAUGGGUUUUUACAUGGGUUUCACACGGGAUUCGCACCAAAAUGUUACAA